AUGCAGGACAGACAUACCCAGGAUUUCAUCAUCAAAAGGACUGAUUUGGACGACCAGAUCGUGGCGUAUGAUAUACGGGGACUCAUACCGGAAAAGGUGGAGCGCAACCGAUACGUACCCAACGCCCAGACUAUACUCAAGCGGAUGAUCAGCGAUGUCAAAGAGGAGUACCAUAAGGACCAGGCUAACUUUUCGGACGCGGUCACUUUCUCGUUUCCCACUAUCAAGCAACACGAUAUCCUGAUUACCUUAAACUUUUGGAACUCAUUUGCACUUUAUCUGGAUGACUUCCUAGAUAAGAAAACAGUGGACCAGGCUCACCAUGUUGCAUUAUGGAAAACCUACAUGGCUAACAAAGUAUCAACUGGGUCGGACUUUAUGGACAGGAUGUAUAACGUAUUGAGCGGGUUGUUGGACAGGGUGCUUACCCCCAAACUGAGACAGAUUCACGAUCAGUGGUAUGGGGAAUGGCUAUCACUAUAUGAUAUGACUGAGGAGGUUAAAGUGGGCAAGGGUAUUCCCACACUUGAACAAUACGAUGAUAUAAGGUUAGUGUAAACACAAGGAC